UUUGUUGGGUCUGAUUUAGAAUAGUGACACUUCCUUCUUAGCUAGCAUAUUUUUUAUCUGGAACUGUUGUCUAUUCUUGAGAUGAUACUACCACUGAAUGUCUCUGUUUCUUUGCCUAGUCCAAACUACAUGUGUGUACAUCCACAAGGUUCCGGCAAUAGCUUUGCAGGUGCAUCGGUCUCUUUUUGUUUUUGUUUGGGAGGAAGAGGGAGGAGGGCACAGGAGCCUGUGUCAGCCAGGCUUUGCGUUCUUUCAACUGCACGCUUAGCCAUUAUUGUACUUAACGGUGUUUCUAACAUUUCGUAAGAGGAGAACGCUUCAUUGCCUCAACCAUGACAGAAAGCAGUCACGCCGGGCAUGGAGCUGGAGAACGAUGAGCAGCCCGUGGUUCUGAGAGAGGACAAUCGCCGAAGACGCCGGAGGAUGAAGCCGCGCGGCUCGGCGGCCAGCCUGUCCUCCAUGGAGCUCGUCCCCAUUGAGUUCGUGCUGCCCACCAGCCAGCGCACCAGCAAGACCCCGGAAACGGCGCUGCUGCACGUGGCCAGCCACGCCAACGUGGAGCAGAUGAAGGCGCAGGUGUGGCUGCGCGCGCUGGAGACCAGCGUGGCGGCCGACUUCUACCACCGGCUCGGCCCCGACCACUUCCUGCUGCUGUACCAGAAGAAGGGGCAGUGGUACGAGAUCUACGACAAGUACCAGGUGGUGCAGACCCUGGACUGCCUGCGCUACUGGCAGGUGCUGCACAGGAGCCCGGGCCAGAUCCACGUGGUGCAGCGGCACUCGCCCUCCGAGGACACGCUGGCCUUCCAGCGGCAGCUCACCGCCCUCAUCGGCUACGACGUCACUGACGUCAGCAACGUGCACGACGAUGAGCUCGAGUUCACACGCCGCCGCCUGGUCACCCCGCGCAUGGCUGAGGUGGCGGGCCGCGACCCCAGGCUCUAUGCCAUGCACCCCUGGGUGACGUCCAAGCCCCUCCCGGAGUACUUGUUGAAGAAGAUUACCAACAACUGCAUCUUCAUCAUCAUUCACCGCAGCACCACCAGCCAGACCAUCAAGGUCUUGGCUGAUGACACCCCAGGCACCAUCCUCCAGAGCUUCUUCACCAAGAUGGCCAAGAAGAAGUCUCUGAUGGAUAUCCCCGAAAGCCAAAACGAACAGGACUUUGUGCUGCGCGUCUGUGGCCGGGAUGAGUAUCUGGUGGGCGAAACACCCAUCAAAAACUUCCAGUGGGUGAGGCAUUGCCUCAAGAUUGGGGAAGAGAUUCACCUGGUGCUUGACACGCCUCCGGACCCAGCCCAGGACGAGGUGAGGAAAGAAGAGUGGCCACUGGUGGAUGACUGUACAGGAGUCACCGGCUACCAUGAGCAGCUGACCAUCCACGGGAAGGACCAUGAGAGCGUGUUCACCGUGUCGUUGUGGGACUGUGACCGGAAGUUCAGGGUCAAAAUCAGAGGCAUUGAUAUCCCUGUCCUGCCCCGGAACGCUGACCUCACGGUUUUUGUGGAGGCAAACAUCCAGCACGGGCAACAAGUCCUUUGCCAAAGGAGAACCAGCCCCAAGCCCUUCACAGAGGAGGUGCUCUGGAACGUGUGGCUUGAGUUCAGCAUCAAAAUCAAAGACUUACCGAAAGGGGCGCUACUGAACCUCCAGAUCUACUGUGGCAAAGCUCCGGCGCUAUCUGGCAAGGCCUCCGCAGAGACUCCCAGUUCUGAGUCCAAAGGCAAAGCUCAGCUUCUCUAUUACGUGAACCUGCUGCUGAUAGACCACCGGUUCCUCCUGCGUCACGGGGAAUAUGUGCUCCACAUGUGGCAGAUAUCCGGGAAAGGAGAAGACCAAGGGAGCUUCAGUGCAGACAAGCUCACGUCUGCAACCAACCCCGACAAAGAGAACUCAAUGUCCAUCUCCAUUCUUCUGGACAAUUACUGUCACCCAAUAGCCUUGCCUAAGCAUCGGCCCACCCCUGACCCGGAAGGGGACCGGGUUCGAGCCGAAAUGCCCAACCAGCUUCGGAAGCAACUGGAGGCAAUCAUAGCCACCGAUCCACUUAACCCUCUCACAGCAGAAGACAAAGAAUUGCUCUGGCAUUUCAGAUAUGAAAGCCUUAAGCAUCCAAAAGCAUAUCCUAAGCUAUUUAGCUCAGUGAAAUGGGGAAAGCAAGAAAUUGUGGCCAAAACAUACCAACUGUUAGCUAAAAGGGAGGUCUGGGAUCAAAGUGCUUUGGAUGUUGGGCUGACCAUGCAACUCCUGGACUGCAAUUUUUCUGAUGAAAAUGUAAGAGCCAUUGCAGUUCAGAAACUGGAGAGUUUGGAGGACGAUGACGUUCUGCAUUACCUGCUACAGCUGGUGCAGGCUGUGAAAUUUGAACCUUACCAUGACAGUGCCCUGGCCAGAUUUCUGCUGAAGCGUGGUUUAAGAAACAAAAGAAUUGGUCACUUCUUGUUUUGGUUCUUGAGAAGUGAGAUAGCCCAGUCUAGGCACUACCAGCAGAGGUUCGCUGUGAUCCUGGAAGCCUACCUGAGGGGCUGUGGCACGGCCAUGCUGCAUGACUUUACCCAACAAGUCCGAGUAAUUGAGAUGUUACAAAAAGUCACCAUUGAUAUUAAAUCACUCUCUGCUGAAAAGUAUGACGUCAGUUCCCAAGUUGUUUUACAACUUAAGCAAAAGCUUGAAAACCUACAGAAUUCGAACCUCCCCAAGAGCUUUAGAGUUCCAUAUGACCCUGGACUGAAAGCAGGAGCGCUAGUGGUUGAAAAGUGUAAAGUGAUGGCCUCCAAGAAAAAGCCCUUGUGGCUCGAGUUUAAAUGUGCUGACCCUACAGCUCUAUCAAAUGAAACAAUUGGAAUUAUCUUUAAACAUGGUGAUGAUCUGCGCCAAGACAUGCUUAUUUUACAGAUCCUACGAAUCAUGGAGUCUAUUUGGGAGACUGAAUCUUUGGAUCUGUGCCUCUUGCCAUAUGGUUGCAUUUCAACUGGUGACAAAAUAGGAAUGAUCGAGAUCGUGAAAGAUGCCACAACUAUUGCCAAAAUUCAGCAAAGCACAGUGGGCAACACGGGCGCAUUUAAAGACGAAGUCCUGAAUCACUGGCUCAGAGAAAAAUGCCCUAUUGAAGAAAAGUUUCAGGCAGCAGUGGAGAGAUUUGUGUAUUCCUGUGCCGGCUACUGUGUGGCAACCUUUGUUCUUGGAAUAGGUGACCGGCACAAUGACAACAUUAUGAUCACAGAGACAGGAAAUCUAUUUCAUAUUGACUUUGGGCACAUUCUUGGGAAUUACAAAAGUUUCCUGGGCAUUAAUAAAGAGAGAGUGCCAUUUGUGCUAACCCCAGACUUCCUGUUUGUGAUGGGAACUUCUGGAAAGAAGAUGAGCCUACACUUCCAGAAAUUUCAGGACGUCUGUGCUAAGGCUUAUCUAGCCCUUCGUCAUCACACAAACCUACUGAUCAUCCUGUUCUCCAUGAUGCUGAUGACGGGAAUGCCGCAGCUAACAAGCAAAGAAGAUAUCGAAUAUAUUCGGGAUGCCCUCACAGUGGGCAAAAAUGAGGAGGAGGCUAAAAAGUACUUUCUUGAUCAGAUUGAAGUUUGCAGAGACAAAGGAUGGACUGUGCAGUUUAACUGGUUCCUACAUCUUGUUCUUGGCAUCAAACAAGGAGAGAAACAUUCAGCCUAGUAUUUUGGGCUAGAACGUUCCAGAGCUGUAAAUGAGCAUGUCAAUCAUCAGCCAUGGAUUUAAAAUGUAAUGAGACGUGAGGAAAGCUGGCACUUCAAAAAUAUAGCUCUUUUCCCGCUGAACUCUUCACUGGAAAAAAAUAUUGGCAUAUCUGAUUAUUUAAGUAAUGUUCAAUUCUAGGCUAUUUGCAGGUUUGUGUUUUUCUCAUUUAUCUCAGUGAUUUUGGAGUUCUAAGUUUAAACAGACUAAUCAUUUCCUCAUUGUGCCUGAUGUUUUGACUGUCUCAUUAUUGAAUGCUUCUGGAAAUUCUCUAGAAUAAUUGGUGACAUCUAUUUUCAUCUGGGUUUACUCUCAAUUGUGGUUGUCCCUGUAUUCCUCCAGAUCUUUACAGAAAAAGGCGUAAUCAUUGUAACCUUUGUCUCAUUCCUUAAGCGCUAAUCCAAACAUCCCCUCACUGUCUGCAAAUGUUAGUGAUGUGCUACAAGCACGGAAAGCAAGUUCAUCUUUUCAGUGUCUUUUGCAAUCAGGUUCUUUUACAGUAUACAACUGAGAUGCACAGACGCAAAAUGGAAAAUCUGAACCUUCGUGCCUUGGUCCUUCUCUGCUGGUCUGGUUCUAGGUUAUGAAUAGGAAAAAGAGAGAUGAGACUAUUUAUCUCCACUCUGUGUACAGAGUUAAUUACCAAGUACAAUCAAGUACAACUACUACCGUGUUUCUCUGAAAAUAAGACCUACCCCGAAAAUAAGCCCCCGUUAAGAUCAUCAGCCAGAUGGACGCAUUUAGUACGUUAUGACGAUGUUCCAGAAGAAGAUGACAUGCCUGUAUUUGAAUGAAUAUAGAUUGUUGCACAUGAAAAAAUAAGACAUCCCCUGAAAGUACUCCCUAAUGCAUCUUUUGGAGCAAAAAUUAAUAUAAGACCCGGUUUUCGGGGAAAUAUGAAAUAGUAUAGUUUUCUCCAGCAUAUAAAUAGGAAGUAACUAAAGGCACUCAUUUAUUUUUUUUUUUUGGCCUUUAUAUUUUCCUCCCUGCCUUCCUUCCUGCCUCCCUUCUUCCUCAGUUGCCACCCUCCCACAACUCUUUACCCAGAGUUGUGAAAUCUUCAAGAACCCUUUUACCCUGGAUUCAAAAAUUAGUUGAAAAGGAAUUUCUCCUCUAGGCUUACUAGAAUUUUAGACACUUAUUUGUAAAGAUGCUUGGAGGAGUUUUUUGUUUUGUUUUGUUUAAAGUAUAUUAUUAAAGGAGACAUUCUAUAAAUUACAGAUUAGUGUUAAUCCAUAUGUGUUAAUCCAAAUGUGUUAAUUUUAAAUUUUGUUUUGAGCAGCUUUUUCUUUCUUUUUUAAUGGAAAAUGAUGUUAGAUAUCUAAGAAAGUAUCCAAGUUAAAAAGAACACUACUUGCCUACCCACCUAUCAGUAUAAAGGACUUUUAAACUUUGACACAUUCUUCAGAUUUCUUAAAAUUAUUUAAAUGUGUUCUUUAAAAAUUAUCUUCAUCUCUUAAAUAUUUUGCUAUUUAUUGAAAGUGUUGUUUCAGAGAAAUAUCAUUAGAGAAAUAUCAUUAAACUAUUUAUAAAAUAUUUUUAAAUUACCUACACUUAAUACUUUACAUAGGAUUAUCUGUUAACAGUGUGUAUAUGUAAGUAUAUCAGAUAUAAAUGUAGAUUAAAUUUAAAAUUUUCUAAAUAGAUACCUGUUUGACUUUGGUGUAGCCCAAACCUUUUUGUGUGUGUGUGUGUAUGCAAAAGCCCAGUGGUGCUUAACCCUGGCUGCAAAUAAGAAUCACCAGGGAUACUUAAAAACACCCUGCCUGAGCACCAAUCUCAGGUUAUAAAUUAAUGAGUUUGGGAUUAUGCCCAGACAUCAGUGUUUUUCAAAGUACCCUGGGUGAAUCUAGCAAACAGGAUUCAGCAGCCCUGCCUGACCUUGGAAGGGGAAGGUGGCACUGUUUCCUUGCCUGCUGAGCCUUCCCCGUGGCUCAUAACUUAUCCAGAAAGCACUCCUCUUCCUUGGCAAGUCGUCCUUUAAAAUCACUUUCUGUCUCCCUGUACAGAGGACCAUGCCCUAUAAUGAAAUGUUUAUUCCUCAGUGAUAAUGGAGGAUAGACAUCUUAUGGUAUAUUUAGACCAACUGUUCCCUACCAUUCUUUUAAAGAAAAGUAGGAAGAAUGAUGCUUUCCAGUUCAGAAGAGGGUGUUUUCAUUAUUCUUAUAGAGAAUAGCCAAACUCAGACCUUGCACAAAUUCUACUUGUUAUUUGAAUUGCUGGAAUAAUCAUCUUCAUGAUAGAAAAAUUACAGAGGAAUGUAUUUAUAUUUAGCUUAUUGGCGCAUGUGCAUACAAAUUUACUCUUCAGAUGAAGAGGUUCUUUCAUUAUGCUGAUAUAGAUACAGAGGGUGCCAAAAAAAUGUAUACACAUUUUAAGAAAGGAAAAAAACUGU